AGGCAAUAAAGUUAGGUUAAAUAAUUAAUCUUGAAGAAUUAUAAACAAUUUUUCGCAAACCAUAACUGCAAACUAUCCGGAUCCGGCAAGGUUAGGUUAUUUUUCGCUUAGUAAUAUUUAGUAACUUGAAGGUUGGUCGCUUCAAUGUUAUUGUUUGCGGAAAAUCUCGGCGUUUAAAUACGUGUGCGACAAAAGAAGUCGCGCUUUUCGUUAGCGAAACCAAUAAUCGUUGAAACCACGGGAAACUUACCAAAACAGCUGAUAAAUGUCAACAUAUCACUGACACAAGUGAACAAGAAAUGACACGCAAGUAGUAACCAUCAUUUUUUACCAUCGGGGUUUUUGGAUCAAAUAACAUCUAUUAAAACGGAAAAAGGUUGUAAAAUGGCCGACUUACCAAUCGAGAUAACGGGCGAAAUGGAGCCGCCCGUUGAUUUAAAAAAAAGCGGUACAUUGCCCAGCUUUCUUCGUAUCCCUACGCAAAUUCCCGAUCCGAAGGAGUGGAUACAACAGCAAAGACAAAACGUAAGGCCUUGGUUAGUUUUCGCGCAAACCUCGAAUUUUAAGGUACCGGUUUCCGUGCCACGUUUGGGGAAAAGGAUAAUGAGAAACGUGGAAUAUUUCCAAGCGAACUACCUAUUCGUCUUUCUGGGGCUCGUGCUGUAUUGCCUAGUGACGUCUCCUUUGAUUCUGUUGGCGCUCGCUGGUACUUUUUACGCCGGUUUCAAACUCAAUCGGAGGCACCAACAACAGAAGAAACUGAUGGUGCUCGGCAAGGAACUGACACUGGCACAGCAGUAUGGGCUCGUCGGCCUGUGUUCGAUGCCGAUUUAUUAUUUCGUGGGCGCCCACGGGGCCAUGUUUUGGGUUCUGGGCGCUUCGGUGGUCAUCAUAACAUUGCACGCAGCGUUUUACGACAUAGAAGCUCUGAUCCCCAGAAGGGACGACGAGUUCCCGCUCUUAGAAGAGGUGUGAGCUGACCCAGGUGCGAAAUCUCAGUGACAAGUGUUUUUUGUGCAACAUAUUUUUGUAAUUUAACUUGGCAUAUGUUAAUACCAGGUGCUUCUAAUCCAUCCGCGUGACAUUUUAACUCCAGAGUUUGACGGGAUGCUUUUGUGGCCAGAGACUCUGACGAGGAAUAUUUUAAAGUACGAAAACCGCUUUUCCAACCAUAAUCUUGGUGUUUUGAAAUGUUUAAAGUUACAAAAAUUAAAGCGAGUUUUACUUUUAGAUAAUAAAUUACUCUUCCAUAAAUCAUUUGAAUUCACUUCCUACUUAAUUUUGAAUUAUUUAAAUUUAUUUUAAGUAGCGGGAAUUCAAAGAUACAAUAGCACUUAAAAGACAAACACUACUUCAAAUCAAGUUUGUUAAUCCAAAGGAUUGAAACAAUUCUAUCAAAACAGGACCAAUAUGUAUAAACUAAUGCAAUUUCGAAAUAGCUAUUCACUUGAAAAUCUUGUGAUCAAAUCUAGGCUGUUUAAAUGUUAUGUACCCAAAGGUUUGGAUUUGAGAGGGGUAAACUUCUAAUUAAAAUUGAGGGAGUUAGAGUUAGUUAAAGAAACACACCAUAAUUUCAAAAAAUCAUUAAAAAACUCUUAUAAACAUAUAAGCUGCCAUACUCUCUGCAGUCAGUCAUAUAAAGAUGAUCAGAUGUCGACAAAUCUGAUGAGCACAUAAGUCUUUAUUUUUAUUCUCAUAAAAAUACCUCUUCACGAUCGUAACACGCAAAUUUUGAUUCGGCAACUACUUCUUUCAUUCAGUAUGAAUUUGAAUUAUCUCGAGUUAGGUCAACGGAUCCAAAAGCAACUUUCAUACCUCAAAAUAUUCAAACUGACGACUGUCAAUUUUACAAAAGUAGGAAUUGACAGAUCGCGCUACCAAAUUAAUGUCACGCGAUAUGUCGAUAUUAACAUGUUUCCGUAUCGGGGAGUUUUUUUUUGUAAUUUUCCACUGGGGGGGCUUCGAUGUGCAUAUUGUAAAUACUAAACCGAUGUAAUAAAAAGAAUUCGAAAUUAGAGUUAUAGAAAAUAUCUUUAUUCUCAAGGCAUAUCAAACACAUCACUAGUUAAGCAAUGCUUCGACAUUUACUUAGUAGAGAUAAAUCAUAUUUUGUACAAUUCAACUAUACGAGAGAAACUCCAUAUUUACAAAGAAUAAAAAACAAAGAAAAAGGUCACUUGGAAUUUUUGUCGUUUGUUUUUUUUUUUUAGUUUUGGACCUUCGGCCACGCGAAUCGUCGGCCUCCGGAAAUUAUUUAAAAAAUAUCAACUUUUUUUUGUUUGAGAACUUUUUCCGCGAUCCGAUCUCUCAACAAGGAAAUUAUAAAUAAAAGUAACAAUGUACCGGGUAUCAACAAGCGACGCCGUCGACGACAGGCGUCGUAAUCACUUCCUCGGAACAACAUAAUAUCUUAAAACGAAAAUAUUAAGAUUUUUUUCCUUUUUACAAUAAAAGCGCUGCGAUACAGAGAUAUACAGGGCGGCCGGUUUAUUACGGCACCAUCAAAACGUCUGCCAUUCGUUUUCCGUUUGGUUUAAAUGGGACACCUCGUAACACAAUAA